AUGGCUCUUGUAUUUGGUGAAUGCUCGAUUGAGGAAACAAAUGUUGUUCGUCCUCUUGCACAUUAUCAUCCAGACCUUUGGGGCGAUCGCUUCUUCAACUAUACUCCUCCAGAUACGGUUACCCAAGGCCAAAUGGAGCAAGAAGCUGUAGCACUUAAAGAGCUAGUGCGUCAAGAACUUUUGGUCAUUGACAAGGACCCAAAAGAAAGGCUUAUACUUCUAGAUGACAUAAUUCGACUAGCAGUAGCAUAUCACUUUGAAGAUGAAAUUGAAGACAUCUUAAAAAAAUUCUAUAACAAGUUUUAUGUUGAUGGCUGCUAUGAGGAUGAUCUUUACUAUAUUUCUCUACGUUUUCGACUUGUACGACAACAUGGCUUUUAUGUUUCAAGUGAUGUAUUUGAAAAGUUCAAAUGUGAGGAAAAGGAACGCUACUUUAAGGAUUGCUUAACAAGUGAUGUGCAAGGUUUAUUGAGCUUGUAUGAAGCAUCAUGUCUAGGAGUACAUGGAGAGAAAAUACUUGACGAAGCCCGUGCAUUUGCUACUACUCAUCUAACCUCCUAUGCUACACAAUUAAGCUCUCCCAUGGCCGAACAAAUAGACCAUGCCCUAAAACUACCCCUCCAUCGACGCAGUAUAAGGCUAGAAUCACGGCUUCAAAUCUCAUUUUAUGAAUCAAAGUCUUGCCACGAUGAAACUUUACUUAAAUUUGCAAAGAUAGAUUUCAACUUGCUUCAAAUAUUUUAUAACAUUGAACUUAGAGAUCUUACCAGGUGGUGGAGAAGGCUCAACAUGCUAAAUAAGCUGCCCUUUGUGAGCGACCGAGUGGUAGAGGCUUACUUCUGGAUCUUGGGAGUGUACCAUGAACCUAAGUACUCGUACGCAAGGAUGUUGCUUAACAAAUUGUUCAAAAAUGUAUCUGUCAUUGAUGACAUCUACGAUGCUUAUGGAACUAUUGAAGAGUUAAAACCCUUCACACAAGCUAUUCAAAGGUGGGAUAAAAGCUGCAUCGAAGAACUCCCGAGCUACAUGCGGGUUAUUUAUCAAGUUAUCUUAGACACGUUUGAAGAAAUUGAGCAAAACUUAGCUUUGGAGCAACGAUCAUUUGCUGUUUACCAUCUCCAACAACAAAUGAAAGCUUUAUUCCAAGCUUACUUACAAGAAGCUAUUUGGCGUCAUCAAAAUGUUGUUCCUACAUACGACGAUUACAUGAAAAAUGGCAUCAGAAGCUCCGGCUAUUUGUACGUAAUAACUGCAUCUUAUCCAGGCAUGGGGGAGUUAGCGACUAAGGAUGCCUUUGAAUGGGUCAACCAUAGAACAAAGGCUCUAAACGUUUCAUGCAUACUCGCCAGGCUCUUGAAUGACAUUGGUAGCCAUAAGUUCGAAAAGAGACGAGGCCAUGUUUCAUCUGCAAUAGAUUGCUACAUGGAUCAAUUUGGAACCUCCAUGGAAGAAGCUACGAAGGCGCUCCGAUCACACAUUGAGGAAGCAUGGAAGGACAUUAAUGAAGAAUUGAUUGGGCCAAUAAUUGUUCCAAAGCCUUUGCUAUUUCGAGUCAUAAACUUAUCAAGGACAUUAUAUGACGUUUAUCACAUUGAUGAAGAUGGCUAUACUACUGGCACUUUAAUGCAAGAAAAAGUUGCAACAAUUCUUAUUCAUUCUAUCACAUCAUAAAUUAUACAACGUAUAUGGAUUUUGCGUCUCUUUUA